AUGGAUGGACACUCGCAGCCAUGGGCAGAGGCGGAUGCCACAAACGUCAACAGUACACCUGUAGCAUAUGUGGCACCUGGGACGGUAUCUGGAGCUGCGCCAGCAGGCGCGGCCGCCUUUCCGGCAGGUACAGUCUUUGCUGCAGGCUCCAGUGGCGGUCCAGUCGUCUAUGCGGCAACCCCGCUGCAGCAGGUGCGUCAUCCCCUCCAGCAGGAGGACCAGCACCAGCAAAAGCUGCAAGACUUCUGGACCGAAACGCUGGCUGAGAUAGAGCACAUGAGCGAGAUCAAGCCUCACAGCCUUCCCCUCGCGAGGAUAAAGAAGAUCAUGAAGGCUAGCGGGGAGGACAUUCGGAUGAUCGCCAGCGAGGCGCCUGGGCUCUUGGCUAAGGCCUCUGAGAUCUUCAUCCAGGAGCUGACGCUGAGGUCAUGGCUCGAAACCAGAGAUAACAAUAGGAGGACGCUGCAAAAGAACGACAUCGGCGCUGCGGUCUCCAGAAAUGAGACCUUUGAUUUCCUGGUGGAUGUCAUGCAGGACAAUGGCGUGGGGUUUCCGUCUGCGACCGUACAGACCGCGGUCCUGGGAAUGAGCACCUUUGGAAUGUACUAUGGAAACCAGCAGCAGCCAGUUCCUUUCGCGUGGCUGCAGCCGGAGCAUCAGCCGCCACCUUACAAUGGUGAGCAGCAGCAGCAGCCGCCGCCGCCUUCCAGUGAUGGACAAGAUGAAUGA